AUUUCAGUUUCUGUGAUAUCCUCGUCGACUACAAUUCGUAAAAAACAAAUUUGUUCGGUGGAAAGUUAAAAAUAUAGCCCGAAUAGUGAACGACUAUAAAAUUAUAAAUUCAAAUUGUCAAGCUUUCUGUUACGCAAUAUUUCCAAAUUUUCCAUAAUUUUGUAGGUUGUAUACAAAGGCCUUCCAACAUGAGUGAACCCGUGCCCUCCACUGAGGCAGUCGGUGUAAAAAAAGGUCAAAGCAUAAGUAAAGAGCUGUGGAAUGACAAUGCAUUUUUGAAUUAUUUGCGCCACUUCAUUAAGCAUUGCGGCGACCUGAGUUACAUGCAGUUGGCCCAAGAGGCCGCCAGUUCCUGGGAAAAGAUGACCGGUAAAGAAAAGGACUGUUAUUCCAACAUCGAAGGUACCGCGAUUGCAAUAACGGCCGUGGCUUCUGAGACUGCCAAUAAUUCGAAUAGCGGCGUAAAGGCUGUGAAGUGUCACACCAGGCCACCCAAAUCGUGCGCAAGGGCGAAAAAGACCUUUGCCACGCCCCGACGAAAGGCGGCCCUUGGCAAGCCGAAAAGACGUGCCGUUUGUCCCUCGAAAGAUAAAGAAAAGGAGAAGAAAGAGAAGGAGGGAUGUGCCACCGAAGAUGCUAAACUCAAGAAGACGGGUCCGAUAACCAUAAACGGGUAUCUGAACUUUUUACGUUCUCUCAGGAAGAACGGUGGCUUAAAGCUCCGGGAACUGGUUCAACAGGGCCCCGUAGCCUGGCGAGAGCUCUCGGAAGAGGAGAAGGAUCGUUUCCGCCAGAUGGCCAGCGAGGUCACCGCAUCUGCAUGCAACGUAAGUUCUUCCUAAGGCGUCAAAUUCCAUCCGAGUCCCGCCAUUCGUACUAUUUUAUGCGAUUUUUGUUACUUCUGUAAAUUGUGUAUCUAUCUAAAUUUAAUAUCCGUCAGUUUUACAAAAUUUAUAUUAAGAGUAUACGACAAUUAAAAUAUUUGACCAGAAAAAGCAA